CGGGUGCGAGCUCGCAGACGCCGACAAGCGGGCCACCGACGAGACGUGCCUCUUCGACUCCCAGUGCUUGGGCGGGCGCUGCUGCCCAUACUACAAAGUUUGCCAGGACAGCGCUGGCGACGGCUACGGCGACUGGGUCGCACAGAACGACCCCGUCAUCAUGGAGGUCCUCGUCGGUGCCGAGUACGGGGGCUCGGGAACCCACGCCUGCAGCAACGGGUUCUGCAGGGCCUGUGACUUCGUGACGAGUGUUCCUCCGGCCGAUACUACCGUGUGCAACGAUUGGCUUGACGACGGCCCUGUGAUGACUACGAGCGGUUCUCUUUACAUCGACACUUACGGCUUGUGGGACCUCACGGACCCAGCCUGCAACUGCGGCCAGGGUUUCCUGGACAAAGUGAUGAGCGGCGAGUGGGUCCCCGUCUGCGGCAGCCCGACACUG